GGCCAGCGAUUGCGUGCCGUCACACUCGAUGUCCCACUGGGUGUCAUUUGUAUUUUGUGUGUGCAACUUGUGAAAACCUUUUUCUCUGUGACUCCGUGCUGAAAAGUUCAAUAAAUAACUAAUUUGGGCACUAAACCCUUAUCUAAUAAAUUUCCAAGAUGCUCCAUCAUUGUUUGCCCCAGUAGGAAAAUUGAAAAGUGCGGGAAAAAUGUGUGAAAGUGAUAAGUGAAAAAAGUCUAUCUGUCAAAGGCGUCUUGGCAAGAGACAAUUUUCCUGGCGCAGCAAUAAAGCGCCCCACUCAUCAGUGCCGGUCACACCAGCACAAUGGGCCAGUCCUCUAGUCAGCAGUUGGGUCAGCGUAGUGGUCGCAGUGCUAGUGUCGGCGGCACCCCGAAUCGAAUGCGUUUCCGUUCGCCAUUUAUGCGCCGCAAACGACCCAAGGCGCCCCUUAGUGCUGCCUUCGCGGCCCCCAAUAUGGGUAGCCUCGAGGCUCUCAACAUCAACACGGCCACAGUGGAGCAACUCAUGACUCUGCCGGGUGUCAAUCGGCGUGUGGCUCAGUGUAUUGUGGACCACAGGGCGGCUAUUGGGGGUCAGUUCCAGCGGAUUGACGACCUGGCACUUGUGUCAGGAAUGGGAGCGGUAAAACUGGAACAGAUCCGGCCAGAGAUUUGUGUUAGGAGGAAGCAGGGCUCCCUCCAGGGAUCUUCCCUCAGUUCGCGGACGCCAUCUAUGGAGUCCUUGCUGUCGGAACCUGCCCUAACCCUUCGCACAGGUCUCCUAAAUGUUAAUACAGCAACGGUAUUCCAGCUGCAGCAAGUCAGUGGCCUAAACCAAGAACUGGCAGCCAAUGUUGUUGAGUAUCGAAAGCGCAAGGGCCCCUUCAAAUCCUUGGAUGAUUUGGCGCGCGUGAAGGGGCUCUCUCCGGCGCGUCUUGGUGCCAUUCGCGCCCUCCUCAGUCUCAGUGAUGACGAAUCCACGCCAAAGACUCCCCGUCUUCUCCGACACUCAUCCACAGUCUCCUCCAAUGUCACAACGCCCGUUCGCAAUGGAGGAGUACGUCCGAAUCUGGCGCCCCAUCGAAAGUCGCUGUCUGUGUCGGCGAUCAGGAUGAAUGGGACGCCUCUGACGGGACUCAAUGGGUUCCGAAAUGUGCCUGUGAAUGACAUUUAUGACCUCCUGGGGGCAUAUUCCCAUCGACCGACAGUUGAGGGGGACUUUCAGUUCUUCAGAAAUGACAGGAGAGCCCUGAGAGUCGCCUCGUGGAAUCUGGAUAGAAUGACAAAGGCCAAAGCGGACAAUCCGGGAGUUCUGGAAGUCAUCUGUCGGACAAUUCUGGAGAACAAACUGUCCAUUAUUUGCCUCCAGGAAAUUCUCCAUCCAUCUGCUUUGGCUAGAAUAUGCGACGAGCUGAACCAUCCAACUCUCAGACGGACAAUUGAAUGGCGUGAGAACUCUCGCCAGUGGAAAUUCCAGACGUCCGGACACGACAGUCUCCUCAAUGGCUUGGGUUUCCUCUACGAUACCGCCCAGUGUGACUUUAUGGAGUCCGAAUCGCGCCCGAUGGACCUCAAAUCCUGCUCAGAUGGGUCUUUUGGCAAUCUUCCGCCGGCUGCCUACGUCGCUACCUUCAGAUUGGCUUCCUGGCGAAUGUCCAUCCUCAACAUCUACCUUAAGCACUUCAAUCUGGCGCGAAUUGCGUCAAUUCUGGGAGCUGUUGCGAGUCAGAAGGGUAGUCAGGACAUUUUUUUGGUGGCUGGGGAUUUCUCGGGGGUUCGUCCAAAGGCCAGGGAGGGGAUGAUGGGCUGGGAAUCCGGGCAUAAAGGCAGUGAAUCGAGGCUGGAGAUGACAGUCGAUGUGGAGGAUGUGAAGUAUUACAAGAUGCUGGAUGUGAAGAGUACGGCUUUUGACCUGGAUGCAGCAGAAGCCAAUCAGUGCAACAUUCUGUGCCGGGAAUCCCUCCCAAUUCACAGAAAUGCCUUCCGCGAAGCCAUCUACAAGAGCAAAUCGCUAUUUGACAAAGAACUCCUGGCCAAAGUACCUCCAGUCCGAGGCAGUGCCUCAGAUCGUCUCACCGGAUAUGCCUCAGUCAUCCGGCAAGGGCUGUGUCACAUGGCAAUCCCACGGGGAUGGACCUGGGGUGGUCCAGCCUCGGAGUACUGCCCGAUCUUUGUGGAGGUUUAUCAGGAUGCUGGGGCAGAGCCGCCGGCGGCUACUCAAGUGGACAAAGUCACAACAAAUGACAAUGCCAGUGAUCUCAACUCCAGUUCAGACUCUGUUUUUCUCUCACCCAAGUGACCAUCUGACCAUCAGCGCAACCCCAUGAGUGCCUACAGGGCAGUCAGGCAGUUUUUUCAACGAAAUAUAUUUUUUAGAUAAAAAAAGAGAUUUGUACAUAAUAGACGUUCUAUUGAUCGUGUUGUUUUUUUGAUGAGAGAUGUGUUUUCAGCGAUUUGUUAUUAUAUUUGCAAAAAUUAUGAAUAAAAUUUUAUUUUACACAACAAAAAA